AUGUCUGCUCAAUUCCCACCCACCCUUGUUGAACACAUAGUUCUGCAUCCUCAUCCCCACCGAUCUUUUCAGUGGGAGGACAUACCUGCCUUUGUGAAACAACAGGCGGAAAUGCGCUUUUACGAUGGAUCAGCUGCGAAUGAUGCAUACAAAAUCUAUGGUGUAAACCCAAUUCAGGGUGCAUUGGCGGUAAUUAGACCUGAUGGGUAUGUUGGUAUUCUUGCGCGCCUUGAUAAUACGGCGAGUUUGGAUGAUUAUCUGAGACGGUGUAUCCGCCCUGCUGCAUAA